GUAGGUUAGAAAGAAAAACAUAAACAAAAGUGAUUUCAUUCUUUCUUCUAAUAUUUCUUUUUUAAAUUACCUUUAAAGUUGUCUGCUACAAUUUAAUUUGAUUUUAUCCGACAAUGUCAGAUACAAAGGAAGAUGAAGUGCUUGAUAUAACUGAUAAAAACUUUCAGAAAAUCGCAGAAAAUUUUGAAAAAUCGGGCUUUCGUGAAGGCACAAGUGAUGGACGUGACUCAAUAUUUCAAAACUCUUUCGAUAAUGGAUAUGAAGAUGGAUUCAGAAUAGGAUUUUUAUUAGGAAAAUCAAAUAAAGAGAAAUCGAGUCGAGGCAAAUGUAGAAUUUGUAUAGAUCCAACAUUACGUGGAAAACCAGAAAAGGAAAACGGCAAUAAU